AUGCCGAGGUCGGAGCCUCUCCCCCUCAUUAGUUGCUGUGCUCAGAGCCCAGGCGGGUCUAGUAUAAGAAGCAUCGACGAACUCAAUGCAGCAGUUAGAAACUCUAUUGACCUUUUGUCGGAGAUUCGAGAUCAUAUCAGAAGUCUGGGUCCUAUAUAUAACCUCCCAGUUGCCUUGGAACUCUGUGAUGUUUUUGAGUUCCAUCAGUGCGUGAAGGAUGCCUUUGUUCUCGACGAUGAAAUGAGUCUUUUUAGACCCUCGAUGCAGUCAGUAAUGAAGGCUUUGUCCUCAAGUAACCUUACGCGAGCCUCGAGAAAUGCUGAGUUGAUGAUGGAACGUCGUGUAAAGGAGAUUUACCAGAAGUUCGCUGACGAUGUCUUAACCGACCAUGCUGUUGCUGAAAUACGACGUCAGAAGCCGAAGACUGCCCUUCGAAAGCUAGCACGCAACUGCAGAAAUCUUCACAGGAAUCUCGAGUCCUGGGCCGAAGAAAAUAGUCUCACAUGGCUCCCUCACUAUCUAGAUUCUCUUCAUUCCCUCGCAGACUUUCUUGACGACUUUGCCAGGAAGGGUCCACUCAGGUCAAUUUUGCAUCUGGUGCUGACGUAUUGCGAUUCUAAAGCCUUCAAUCCCCGGGUAAUGCCACCGAAACUGUAUGAAGGUGUCGUUCGCAAUGUAGACAGUGAUGCACCAGACCCUCCACUAAUUGAUUCGUUUGAGGAGGACAGGGUGGAGGUGAAGAAGGUUAGGUCACUGGUCGACAUCGUAAAUUCUUUCAACGACUUUUAUGAGGCUUUUUCAAGCACAGUCGCCACUGAAUCCGUGGGUCCACAAGUGCCUUGGCAAAGCUUGGCUGAUCUUGAAAGGCAACUCAACGUUUGUUCUGGUAAAACUCUCCUUGCAUGGCUUGCUGAAGCCUCCGCUGAGAGCUUUGACGGAUCGAAACCGAAGUGUCUUUAUAUCGGUGGGCAAUCAAAAUCCACUCAACCUCAAGCGCAGCAAUCAACUGAAGCAGUGUCUGUGAUCUCAGACGACAAGAUGGCGGAAGUUCCUCGCAUCUGCGGUUUUCUUCGUCAUCUAACUUACCUGACAGAGCGUUCCGGUGAGGCCGUGAUGAGAUUGGUGAUGGAGUAUCUGAGCAUUCCAAGGUCUCCGAGUGCCUUGCAGUUGGUUCAGUGCAUUCUCACUGAUGCUUGUGUCUCCUCAGACAAAUGUCGUUUCUUGGUUCACCCUCAGGAGUGGAGCUUCUUGACUUCCCGAACGGAGAGCACACAAAUGCCUCCGACAUUGUUCACUCAACGUUCUGCUGUUUUGUGUUUACUCGCUUCGUGUCCGGUCCUCGAGGAUCCUGAUAAGUGGAGUCUUUGGUCAUUCUGUCCCAAUUCUCUCGCUUCAUAUUGGGGCCCUUUUGAUGAAUUCCUAAGUGACGUCACCGCUGACGCCGAAGUCUGCGAGAAAUACAAUAUGGCUGUGGUCAAAGUUGCUGGCUAUGGAUACGUUCGAUUGAGUGUCAAUGGGUCACUAGGUGAUCUCGACGCCAACCUGUCAAAGUGUGCUUCGACUGUAAGCGCUGAGGUGGAAUACAUUGCAUCUCGUGAACUCUGUGAUCUGCUGAUUGGGUCUACUCUCUGUGUUAAUCAUUUCAUUUCCCCGACUGAGUGUAUCAACGUUAUCGGUGCUAAACUGAGAUCAAUUCCACUUCAAGACGUGUGGAACCAUCUCAUACGCCGUAUAAUUCUUACAACACCCUUAUCAUUGCUCAGCGUCCUAUUUUCCAAGGUUCUCCUUCCUGCACUUGCGGAAAUUUUUGUCUUCCUGGAGAGGGGAGAAGGCCUUGAAGACCUCGUGAGGUCGGCAACGCAAUCGUAUGAGAAAGAUCGUAUCGUCACCGGCAUCGGUGUCGUUGGUGGCCAGCUUGGGUGGUCUCACUGGAUAGAGCUCUUCAAGGCACAUCGUCUGCCGUCCGCUGAACAUGUGGAUUACGCACCGUCUUGCCAAUUCACCAAAAGCCUCGUUCCCAGUUAUCUGGAGCCUUCUCAUAAAACUCCACUCCCAUCUGUACAAAUUUUAUCAGCUGACGUAAUGGAACCCUCUUUGCACGAUGUAACAGAGUUCGAUGCCCAUUCCGCGGAAAGCUCCAUAGCUGGUGAAGAAAGCACCGAUUGUCGUGAAUUCGUGGAGAAUCUUCGAAGAACCGAAUUCGGUCUGGGGGUUGAGUUAGACCCCAAGACUUCAAGUCUUCUUCGUCGCCUCGAGGGUCGUCUCUGCCGUAGUCUGGACCACCUCUCACGCGAGUUGUAUGGUCAGCAGGGGCAUUUUAUCCUGGAGCUACUUCAGAACGCUGAUGACAAUCUUUACACGCCAAAUGUCAUACCGAGUGCGCACUUCAUCCUCUCCCCUGACGCCCUCAUGGUAGGUAACAAUGAGGCCGUUGGCUUUUCUCCGGCUGAUAUCUCCGCUCUCUGCGAUAUUGGUCUGAGCACCAAGAUUGGGCAUCGCGAGGACAAGACUGGCCGCAAGGGUAUCGGUUUCAAGUCUGUCUUCGCGGUGUCUGACGCACCUGAGGUGCACUCCAACGGCUUUCAUGUGCGCUUUUGUCGCAACCUAAAAUCUGACGGCACUUUUACGUCCAUCCUCGCACCUGAGUGGAUUGCCUCCCCCUCUUGCGAUUUGGAGAAGUGGAGGACUGUAUUUAGGCUGCCUCUCCGUUCAGUCGCCCAGGAUUCCUCAACUGUAGCAGAGUCUGUCUUGACAUUCGCUCGUCGUCUUCUCACGCACCACCUCCUUCUUUUCCUUCGACGCAUCGAUUGCAUUGAUUUGCCCAUUAACUUGGACCUCCAAUUGGAAAGAAAGAGUAGACUAAUUCUUGCACUUGAUGGUCCUAGUCCCUCCUUCCUCAAGUUACUCACCAUCACAGAAAUGUGUAAUGGACGUCAACAGUCUUCAAAGUGGCUUCUUCUUCGACAUAGUGUCUCUGUUGCCAUAGACAAAUUGAAGCAACUUUUUCAAGACUCAUCUGAAAUCGAGAAUAUUCCACGUCACACUGACAUCACAAUAGCCAUUCCCCUAUCAAACGAAGUUCCACUCCCUACUUUUCCAGUCUACGCAUUUCUUCCUGUUCGGAGCACUGAAUUCCAAUUUUUGCUUAAUGCCGAUUUCGAUUUGACUUCCUCGCGAGAGGAUGUUGAUGGAAGCAGUGUGUGGAAUCAGUACCUGGUUAACCAAGUUCCUACUGUCUUUGAAAGCCUUAUCAAUUGCGUCAUCAAGAUGUCGACUUCGGACCUAAUUCCACUAUCGCAAUGUGAGAUUUUGGGUCGAAUUCUUGAGUGCCUUCCGAUAAAAAAAUGCACAAGCGCCUCAUCGAUGGGAAUAUUUGCUUGUUUGGAAGAAAAGAUUCGUAAGAAGCUGUCCAAUAUUCCCUGGUUCCCUGUCCUGAGUGAUGUCAAAUUUUCACUCCCCAACAAAGUUCUCCUUACUUCACCGAAUUCGUCUCAGAUCGAUGACCCGGUGUCUCCGGAGAAGCAUUUAUUUCGUCUUCUGAUUGACCGGCUGGGUAUGUAUGAGUUGGAUAGGACAUUUCUCGUACCACCACAAGCUGCCACUAACAACGAGGAGGUGGAGGUAAAGGCAACUAUUUCUUUGGAGCGGCGCACGGAAAAACUUUUUUGUCUUGGGGCACGGAGCAUUUCUGCUGAUAUCAUUGUUGAACUGAUUUCCACCUUGUCCACAGAAGAACUAAGUCGACCAGGAUUUCUCUACGCUCUGCUGACAAACAUCGACUUUGAUCUACAUUCCUCCUCCCUCCAACAAUACCGCUAUACGCCUCUGACGGACCGCUCAGCUUGGCGAAGUCGAUGUUUACGUAACCUCCGCAGUCUACGUAUCUUUCCCCUCAUCGAUGGACGUCUGGUUAGCCUGAAGGAGAUUGAUGAUGCUAUGGCCAACUGUGACGGGUUGUUGAGGCACCGCAAUGGUCUCAUGAUUCCUCCUAAACCGCCGUCUUCAGAGGAAGGUCGACUGACGAAUUUCUAUGGUGUGGCACUUUCUUUUUCUGCAUUGCCAAACAAUCUUGCUACUAUUGUCGGUGACUACCUGCAACUGCUUGGUCGUCUUGGGCCAUUACUUUCUCCCUCAUCCAUCUACCCUGCGGACUGCACUUCCAUCGAACUACCAAGAUUUUUGACAGCUUCGGAAAACGGAUUAGGACUUAUUGUGGCUCAUUCAUUCCUCGACGUCAUCAAUCAUUGGAUAGUCUCAAGACAACCCGACUUUGAUCUACAGCGCACGCAGGAAUCUGACUGGUUUAUUGCGGCAGCACAACUGAUUAUCCUUGCUGACUACUUGGGCGAAGAGUUAAAAUUUCGUUUACCAGUCGUAUGUGAGACGGCGAAGUCAUUGAAAUUGUUUAAUCCUAGUACAGAUGUGGCCUUUCUGCCUCCCGCCCUUCUGAAACACUUCCCAGACGCCGAUGAGUAUGACAUUAUGUCGUUGUGUGCGGAAGCGUUGGGGAAGAAAGAGUUGGGUGAAGGGGAGGACGACUCUGUGUUGUUGGCAUCUUCUAGUUUGGAGAGCCAAGGAAACAUCACUAUUGAGGAUUGGACAUGCCCAGGCCUCGAGAACCUCGUGCUGCCAUUGAUUGAGCGAGCAACUGAACAGUUCGGUGCCAACGAGUUGGUGAGGCUACUUUGCGGGAAAGUUGCAGAGCUACUGAGUCGAAAUUGGAGCCAGUCUUUCGAGAGCUGCAUGCUGGCCGUCGCCCAUAAAGAUAGCGGAUGUAACAGAAUGGGCGAGUAUGAGCGCGUUGUCCUUGGAGCCUCCUCAUGGUUGCAGGCACUGCGCACACGUAGAUGGCUUGGCCUCACCUUCGCUAUUGACGCCGACGAUGGUAGCGAACAUGUAACGCAGCUUGUCGCAGCGACGCAGAAUCACCAAUCUGCUAUAGCAGCAGCCAAUUUCGUAUCCACACCCCCCAUCUACGCGUCCACCAUAUUCUCGGAGAGAAAGAGUGCUACUGUUCCAAUUCCUCUUUUUGCUCCACUUUGUCCCCUUUGGCAGUGCCUUCAGACUUCCGAAAAGCCUCUAGCACCCGGUCUGCUUGCUGCUCUCGGAGUGAAACAGGUCUUGGAUGAGUUCACCUUUCAGGUGAUUCAAUUUUUCCACUCCAUCUUCAUUACUAUUAAAGUAUGCGUUGUUUGUUGUGAUGCAAGUUGUUUCGCCUCUCCGCUUCAGCACUUGAUGGAACACCUCUCGAAGGACCCUUGCAAUCCACCAAGCAGUCUGACCGUAGAAACCAUUAUCCAAGUCUAUGUUCUGGCACUUCAAGUCGUUGGAGAUGCACGUCCUGACGUACUGCAUCGCAUUUUCAGUUCUGCCCUCCUCGUUCCCUGUAUCUCAGCUCACAGCACCUGCAAAAGGCGUAAGAAGCUCGUUGAUGAUGUGGACCUCGACCGAAAAGAGGAGGAAUCGGCGGCUUAUUGCUCUUUCUGUGUACCUCAAGUCAAUAGUCAGUGUCGGAAGAGGCAUUCAGCACGCACGCACCCCUAUCACCUGGCUCCUGCGCACCGCACUUGUUGGGAAGAGCUGCGGCUGCCUCCUCUCGACUGUUUCGAUGUCGUUUAUGAAGUAAGAGCCGGUGUAGAAGCAGAUGAUGAUUACGAUGGUUAUUCAAAAGUUCCGGUACCUUCAAUGAACCCGACCUCGGCUUUUGCCCCACAUUGGUCGUCUUUUGAUCGAAGGGUACCACUAUGUGACAUCUAUGGGCCUGAGUGGAAGAACUUCUUCUGCAAGAUUCUAAGGGUGCCGCUGACAUCCUCAUUGGAGGAGGUACUCUCUCAGCGUCCGUUUCCACCCUCCGCUCCGCCAGACACGAACCCUAGCAAAUGGCGCUCUGCUCAGGAGGCGUUUGGCCGUCGUCUCGCUGCCUGGUACAGCGUCAUUAAUCGGUGCUUUGUCGCACACUCCAGCACCACCUCUAUCGCUACUGAGGAAGGUGAUAGUUUUGUUGCGGCCAUAUAUAACUUCCCUCUUCUUUAUGAUAUGACUGGCACUUGGCGUGUUCCCAAUCAAGUAUUUAGCUCGUCGACAAGCUCCACGGGCGCAGAACUGCUCUUUGCCUGGUCCGCAGCCGAUUUGGCUUCCAUGCUUCCGCGUAAUUGUCUUCUUGGCCAUAGUUUAGAGAUCCUCAGAGAUGCCACUGAGCACUCUACGUCCGGAAGCCAAUCCGUGCCCAUAUCAAAUUCACAUUCAUUCCUCCUCAACGUCUUACGUCUACCUGUUUUAGAAAGGUCCGUGACAGAGAGUAUAGGAAUGUCUGAGUCGCAGUACAUUCCUGGUGAUGAGAGUAGUUUGCUUAGGUUUGCAGUUCCAUCGCCAGUCCUCACCCGCCUGAUGAAUGAUUUUCGUCUCCUCACCCUUACUUGGCUCUCGUCCGCCAAUGCUCACCACCACUGCGCUGACGCUACCGCUGCUUUCAUCACUACCGCUGCAUCUUCGGACAGCAUAUUGGAAGCUUUUCUGUUGCCAAAUUUGAUGCUAAAGCUGACUCUCGACCGACAGAAUGAUAUGCCAUCGGAUGCCGUAAAGGAGUGGGCUUUCUUCGACGUUGUCUGUCGCUUCUGGAAGGGCAAACUGUACGUGGACAAACGUUUUGAAGCCGAUCUCACUAUCACUGAUGACAAUAGCAGUACUGCUUCGCUCUUCCUUGGAGCUAACAAUGCAGUGUAUAACGAGGUAUUGACGGAAUUGGCCAGAGCUUCCUUCCCAACCAACCACAGUGCUCAGGUUUCUCUCCUACAAUUUGCGAAAGGUCUUCUAAAUCUGAGGACCUCUCUGUUGUCGUCCUCGUUGCCAAGGGAGGAAGUAACACGUCAACUGCGUACCUAUUUUCUCUCCCAUUGCAUACCUCGUGGCAGUCGCCACCUUGUCGAUCUCCUCCGGUGUAUCGUGCCGGAUGCAUCGACUCCGAUCCCCCCCACUACACCUUCCACUCUCUUUGAAUCCGCGAAAUCUGUUGCCAUAGGGCAUAUGAGUUUGAGAUCAUCAUCUCAAAAUCGACAGGUGCAUGCGAGUGUUGGUUGUUCAACGCGCUUCCAGACUCCCAUUUUCGAAGCCCUUGCUCUGGAAAGUGAUAGUGGCUCUAGUGUGUCAACACCAUCCAUCCCUUCAUUGCGCUCAAGCUUAUUCGGGUGCAGUCUACUCAGGAGUUCCGCGAGCUUGGACUCCAUUCUCCCCUAUUCCGCUCACGUCUCCUCGUCUAAAAUGGACAUUGGACGAAUGGGGGAGCAGGCAGUUUACGAGAUUUACUUGGAUCGAAUGAAGAGAAACCAUGAUUUCGAUUUCCCAUCUGGACAUUCUCUUCUUGGCUUGGGUCGCCUGGUCGAGGUGCGAUGGGUCAACGGCGACGGAGAGUCGAGGCUUCCUUAUGACCUCAUAGUCUUCCUUGAAGUUCAUGGAUCUAUGCCUACAGCAAGAAUAGAGCUGAAUGCUGAAGUGAGAGAUAAUUUGAUCCGAAGAUCUACAACUUCACCGGACCUCCUUCUGGUUGGUCCAAUCUAUGUGGAGGUUAAGUCGACGGGAAUGGUGGAGGAGGAGGGUGAAGGCAAUGAGAGACCUGAACUUUUCGAAAUCUCUCUCGCUGAGGCAGCAUUUGCACGCACUUCAGGCUGGCGCUAUCACCUCGUACGGGUGCGAUGGUCUCGUAGUGCGUCUAGCAGCACUCGACUUCCGUUGGAACCGCGGCUUGUUCAUAUCCCCAAUCUAUCUGGGGCUCUUACUGAAGAUCCGGCGAAUCACCAACUCUAUAUUGGAUUAAGGCAUUGA